AUGACCAUCCUCAGAGAACAUUAUGAUGUAGUGAUAGCAACGGGAUUAGAAAGCAUACACACUUUUGAUGCUGAAGCGUUUGACAAAGCAGUGCUGUGGAGCAAAAUGAGAUAUAAACGUAAAUUUAUGGAUAGCUCUGUAGACACGCUGAGAUCAAUGGUACAAAGAUCCAUUAAGGAUGUACCGCCAGCACUCUCUGACCCCAUUCUGCCUCUCACUAGGUCAUCUAGAUUGUCUCGGAGGAGAUUGUAUGCAUCAGCUUUGGUAGAUGGUAGGGCUAAAACACAGAUAAAUGAAACCAAACAUUUGAAUAAGUCUGAAAAUAACACUCAGUCAUUGAAUACUGUAGUACAGGUAGAUGCACCGGCCCGUGCCUUUGAACACAGGGUGAAUUGGCCGGACCCUCCUACGUUUCUGGUGCCUAGGGAGAUGUCGGUGCAGGUCCAUCAAGCCGCUUCGCCGCAGUCCCCGAGGGGGAGUGCAGAGAGUGUGGAACCUGAUGUUAGCAAGGUUCCUCGGAUGAUGACGGAGGGGACCCCAGAAACUGGCAACAACAUGUUAGAGGGGGAGGGACAAAUGAUGAGGGGUAAAAUACCAAGAGAGUUUCCUCUUCUAAAUGAACCCGAAUCUGAGUCCCUCUCUAAUACCACAGCAAUGGGCCUGCAAGGGGGUCCGGUUCUGUCUGUUCGUCAGGAACCUACAAUGGACAAGAGAACCAACAGAAAGAUCUUUGAUUGGGAAAUCUCCAUUAACCAAAAGGUUGUGAUAAUUGGUGAUUCUUAUUUGGACCGUAUUCCUUUCUGCACACAUGAUGAUGUACAGAUAGACAGUUUCCCGGGAGCCACUUUCUAUCACAUCAACAGGGUUUUGAAGAAAAUUUAA